CCUGGGCUGGUUUAUGAAAUAUUUGAGAGGCAUUGGAGCAGAUAAAUCGUUUAAAGAAUCGAAGUAUUUCGUUGUAUCAGUAAUAAGCCGGGCUACUAGGAUUGAUGUUUUAUUUUUAGAAGAGAUUUUGUUUUGGUUUUAAAGGGCAUCGCAUAUUCAAUGAUGAAGAAGUGUUGCGAUGAAGUUGAGUAUUAUGGUAAAUUAUAAGUGAAUAUAAGUGAACACAAGUUUGUCAUGGAUGUGUAUUUUUAUGUGCUUUUAGCGGAUAUUUUCAAGUGAGUUUUAUGAAAUGUAUGUACGUUUGCGUCCAGAACUUAACGGUGGUUAUGCCUGAAACAUAUCUAUUGAGCAAUUUGUACUUAUAAUAAUAACUUCUUAAAACAACAGUAUUUAUUACGUACGUUAAAUAAGCCUAAUGUGUUAAUAACUUAUGAGAAAGUGUUUGAACAUUUAACCGAAUUAUGAUGUGUUUUUUUAUGACUAAACAGCCAACGAUGCGGAUAAUUUUCGUUAUUUGAUACAGAAAUGCGUUUGAUAAAGCAAUUUUCCAGUUUGGAAAAUGACAAACUAUACAUAUUUCCCGGCUUUUCAAAUAUACUUGAUUAUUUUUAGUGUAAGCGGACUUAUUGCAACGGAUUGGAUCCACGUUAUUCUAUCUGAUUAUAAAACCUGGAUACUUCUUAAUGCAUCAACAUUAUCAAGAGAGUGUAUUUCAAACAAACGCAUUCCUUAAAAGCAACUAUUUGAAGUAAUUGCUCCUUAAUUUAAGUAAGUGCGAGCUCAAGUGGAUUUUAUUAUAGGAAAUUAACAGUAAUGGAUAUAAGGCGAAGUGCGCUCAAACGGCAUCACGUGGGAAGGACGUCGCUAUUGUUGCUGCUGAUUUUUCUGAGACAUACAGAUGCUUACGACUACUACAGAAGCAACCCUUCCUCCAUCCCAAGCUUUCUGCCCGUCCCCAUGAACAUCACAGUCCACGAGGGUGAGACCGCGCACCUCCGAUGUAGGAUUCAUAACCUUGGUCCAAAGUUUGUCGUUUGGCGGAAGGCGGACGAUGAAUCACCUCUGACACUGGGUAAGACGACCUUCACCCCUGACGAAGACAUUGAGGUCGAGAUUGAAAUAAUCAAUCCUAGCGAUGAGGAGAAUGAGGAAAGCAGAUACGACCUUAUCAUCAAGAACGUAUCUAAGGACCAAGAGGGCACAUACGCGUGUCAAAUCAGCGCAACAAAUAACUACACGUUCAAUAUAACGUUAAACGUUUUAGAUCCGAUAAAAUAUUCACCAGAAGUCGAGUUGACUGGGACUGAGUACGUAAGCCUAAUGGAAGAUAUUCGACUAGUCUGCAACGCCACUGGGGCUUUGAAAGCCCCUGACUCAGUAGACUGGUUCUUCAAUGGGGAACCAAUCAGCGAAAUGAAGCCCGAAUGGUUCGGACGGAUUCUGCAAUUGAACCGGAAACCAAUACCCGGACGUUCGUUGAUAAGUGAACUUGUGAUCAAACGCGUGACAAUGGGUGACAGAGGGCAUUACGUUUGUCGGUUGACUAAAAAGCUGGCACAGGGGUUCAAGGUCCAUAUUCUUAAUGACAAAAAGAAUCAUAAAGAACCAAAACGAGAUAUGGAAACGGAUGGAGAGUCAUUACCUACUGAUAACGACCCGUCAGAUGCGAUGGCAUCACGUGGAAAAAAUGACGCACGAGCACUUACAUUGAGUAAUAGCUUAUGUUUCCAAACGGCACUUUCCAUAGUAACAUUAUUCUGGAAGAUAUGUGCAUCAUAGCCAUGGGUUGGAAAUUAUAUUCCCGAUGAAGAUUGAAGAGUUCCGUUGGACCUGCGGACACAAAUUGUUAUUACUUUUUUUCAAAAUGGAGCGUUGAUGUUGCUAGGAAUAGCGAAUUUAAUGAAUCCUUGAAGUGAACAAUGUCAAUGAUUUUACACAGAAGCAUUUCCACUUGUGUAAAGACAAUAAAUGCAGUAAGGUGCGUUCAUGUGGGUUUGUUUGUAAAACGAAAUAAAUCUUAUUCACGAUGUCUGGAUGAAUUUAUUGAGUUCAUUUUAUGAAAACUGACUUAAUUUGGUUCUGCAUAACGUUGGCCAAUAACCAUCGCGUACAUAAUAAUAGACUACACAUUGUGUCUACGUAUGUGUGUUGGAAAAAAUACUUUUGAAAAUUAAUAAUAACUUUAUAUAUCUUACAAAACUACAUGAGUAUGCAAAAUGAACGGUAACCGAACGACACUCAUCUACGUCUUACUUAUGGCAUUGACGUUAUACAAGAAAUACGAGGAUAAUACGGUCUUACCUUGCCUAGAAAGAUUUGCCAUAAGUACAUCUACGACUUCGGAUUGCUUUUACUGCGUUAUAUAUUUAAAGUUUGGGGAUUGCGUACACCAUUAAACCACUCGAGCGUCUUUAUUAUAUUCAUAUAUUUUGCGUAUGUGUGAACAAAAUAUUAUGUUGUAUGUAACCUAAUCAUCAUUUCGUGAAUGUUUCAACGACGAAAACAAUAUACUUUUAUAGAUUGUGCUAUGAAUACCUCUUUUUAUUUAUUUCGUUUGCAUAAUGAAUUAUUUGUUUGCAUCAAUUGUUUGCUACAACAUUUGAAAAUACGACUGUAUUUCAUCUCUUAAAUUCGAUUGCGCUUCGUCAUAAAAUGGGAAUUAGUGUAAAACAUGUUUUUUUACACUAACAUAAAUUCGUUUCACAGACGUAAAUAAGUUCGCCCAAAGUAAUUGAAUAUUGACAGAUUUACGAUUGUUUGCAAUACAGCAAAAGGCGCAAUCUCUCAAAUACGUUAUAUAUGUUGCAGCAAUUAUAGCGAAGCGUUUCAUCCUAGACGUUCUAACUAAAAGUUAUUGUUCUAAUUAAAACGAACGAGGUUGUUUUUACUAGUAUAAAUGCUUUAUAUAAAAUACAAUUUAACCCGUCGAGGAUUAAAUUUGUUUUCUGUUUUCGCCUUGUAUAAUUCUUAAUAAAAUAUCACAAUUCCAUUUGAUGUAUUUUUACAUGUUAGUAUACUUAAUAUCAAAAACAAUUUUACUGGUAGCGUCGAUGAUCAUUUGUAUAAGGUCUUGUGAUAUGUUACAAUUCAUUUCGUUUUUUAAGACAUUCAUCACAUUGAAUUAAUAUUUGUGAACAUAUUUGCCAGUUAUUAUGUGUACGUGUUGUACAAUUCCUGUAAAUACGGGUUAAGCUUGAAAAACAUGUUGUUUGCUAUUGUAAGGCAUGGUGACUACCAUGUGCAUGAAUAAUAUGUCGUCAUGUAAUAAUUUAUGUUGUUACUAUUUACAAAUAAACGUCAAACACCCUAAA